AUGGAGGCGGUGCUGCUGGAGCAUUUCCCCGCCGGCUUGGACGCCUUCCCGCCGGCGGCCUACUUCGACGACGAGGAGUUCUUCACCGACCAUUCCUCCCGCGACCCCCUGGAGGGCGACGAGCUGCUGGAGGCCGACGAGGUGGACUUUCUGGCGCCGCCCUUCCACGACUGCUGCCGCGCGGCGCCCGGCCUGGGCGGCCCGCCCCAGGGCGCCUCUCUCUGCUGCCCGGCGGCGGCGGCGGCGGGCGGCUUCUCGCCCUCCUUCUCGCCGCCCUCGUCGCCGUCCAGCUUCGCCUACGAGUGCUGCGGCCGGGCGGCCUCGCCGGGGGGCGGCGGCGGCGGCGCGGGCCUGAAGGCGCUGGGCGCGGUGCGGCGGCGGCGGCGGGUGCGCUCCGAGGCGGAGCUGCAGCAGCUGCGGCAGGCGGCCAACGUGCGCGAGCGGCGGCGCAUGCAGUCCAUCAACGACGCCUUCGAGGGCCUGCGCUCGCACAUCCCCACGCUGCCCUACGAGAAGCGCCUCUCCAAGGUGGACACGCUGCGUCUGGCCAUCGGCUACAUCAACUUCCUCAGCGAGCUGGUCCGCUCCGACCUGCCCCUGCGCGGGGGCGGCGGCAGCCAGAGCCCCUGCCAGCCCAAGAAGGUCAUCAUCUGCCACCGAGGCACCCGAUCACCUUCUCCAAGCGACCCAGAUUAUGGACUUCCUCCUCUGGCAGGACAUUCUCUAUCCUGGACUGAUGAAAAACAGCUCAAGGAACAAAAUAUUAUAAGAACUGCUAAAGUGUGGACCCCAGAGGACCCCAGAAAGUUAAACAAACAACCUUCCCUCAACAACAUAGAAAACGAGCCCCCAUUUGACUUCGUCUCUUAAAAUAUGAAUUCUUCUCCUGUAAAUAUAAUAAUCUUUUAUGAGUUUACAUUUGUACCUAAAGACUUACAUUUUAAAGGUACUCUACAAUACAAAAAAAGUCUCCUAGUGGCAAUCAACAUUUAUUUAUCUAUUUAUUACUUAGUAAGAUUUUC